GCGGCGAGCCCCAGCCCCGCGCUGCCCGCCGCCCGCAGGCUCCGAGCCGGGAGGGGCCGCCGGAGGCCGCAACGGGCCGGGCCGCGCUGAGGGGACCGCGGCGCAACGGGCCGGGCCGGGCGGAGGAAGGGCCCUGCCCCGGGGGAUGCGCUGGGAGCGGCGGGGAACCGGGCCGGCGGCAGCGGGAAGGGAGCGGGGGGAAGGAGAGCAGUAGUGUCGGUGCCGCGGGGGACAUGGAGUCGCAGGUAGGGCUGCGUGGGGAGGGGGGGACGUGAGGACCGGUGGGUGCCACCGUCGGCCGGGAGCGCUGCGGGAAGGACCACGCUGAGCCCCUGACAGGUGUCUCGCCACGCGUAAGUGCCCUUAACGCAGCAACUUGAAGACUUAAGAGACUUUGUGCUUGUUAUUGCUGCUGCUGCGAUCGUCAGAGAUGAUGUUGGCAGAGCAAGCCCAGAAGUGGUUCCCAACUCACGUGCAAGUUACGGUCCUUCAAGCCAAAGGUCUGAAGCCAAAAGGUAAAAAUGGCAGCAACGAUGCCUACACCAUCAUACAGCUGGGCAAGGAGAAGUACUCCACCUCGGUGGCCGAGAAGACCCUGGAUCCCGUAUGGAAGGAGGAGGCCUCCUUCGAGCUCCCUGGAUUACUCAUGCAGGAGAAUCCAGAAAAAUACAUCCUGUACCUGAUUGUCAUGCACAGGUCGCUGGUGGGGCUGGACAAGUUUUUGGGACAGGUGUCCAUCAGUCUGAAUGAUAUAUUUGAAGACAAGCAAAGACGGAAAACAGAGUGGUUUCAUCUGGAGUCCAGACAAGGGAAGAGAACUAAAGACAGAGGAGAAAUAAAAGUCAAUAUUCAGUUUAUGAGGAAUAACAUGACAGCGAGUAUGUUUGAUUUGUCAAUGAAGGACAAAACCAAAUCCCCUUUUGCUAAACUAAAAGACAAAAUGAAAGGUCGAAAAAAUGAUGGGACAUUUUCAGACACAUCCUCUGCAAUCAUCCCAAGUACUCACAUACCUGAUGCAAAUGUAGGGGUAUGUAGUGGUGAAGUACAAAUGAAAUCAAAACCAAAAAAACCUUUCCUGUUGGGCCCUCAGCGGUUAUCCUCAGCUCAUUCAAUGUCAGAUUUAACAGGAUCUCAUGUCUCUGCAGAAAAAAUGAAAUCCAGCACAGUUGGCUACUCUCAUCUUUUUAGGCGUCAGCUGGAGUCUUUUGGUUCGGUUGAUGAAGGUGGGAGUCUGAAAUCUCCACAUAGAAGGACAUUAAGUGUUGACACUUCUAAAAUGAACCAGCUUGGCAGCACAGCUGAUGAAACUGCACUUGAAGCACAAAACGACCCAUUCACCAAUGUAAGUGCUUCGUUACCCCAAAAAUUUGCUACACUGCCAAGACAGAAGAACCCGUUUGAAGAAAGCCCAGCAACAUGGGAUCAAAACAUAAACCUGUUUUCCAAACCUGUCGACAUCAGAAAAGAAAUUAAAAAAGAGAAAAAAGAGAAAGUUAGUCUGUUUGAAAGAGUGACUGGGAAAAAAGAUAGCAGGAGGUCAGAUAAACUGAGCAAUGGGGGAUCAGACAGUACUACGGACUUGAAAUCACCUAGUGUGUUCGGUGAAACUCAUCAGGAGAGUUUUGAUUAUGAUUCAACUAAUCCGUUUCUGACAAACUUCAAGCCUACAAGCAUGUUGCCGUCUUCAAGUUUUAAUGUGAAUCCUUCUGGCAUUGAGGACCUCAGGAAAACAGUGGAUGGGAAUCCUUUCGACGCCACUGCAGGAUACCGUAACCUUACUUACGAAGAGGUUUUGCAGGAGCUGGUGAAACAUAAAGAGCAACUUAAGAAGAAGGACACCCAUAUUCGUGAACUUGAGGAUUACAUUGAUAAUCUUCUUGUACGAGUAAUGGAAGAAACACCUAGUAUUCUCAGAGUGCCAUAUGAACCUUCCCGAAAAGCUGGGAAAUUUUCCAAAAGCUAAGAUAGUGAGACCUGAUGGUACUUUGUGCUGAAUACAUUGCGUGAAGGAAAUCA